UUUUGAGCCAUCGAGAGACUAAAAACAAGCGGGACCAUAAGAGAGAGUAUGGUUUGAUUUUUGAGCCGAUUAGGGUUUUUUUGUGACAAAGAAAAAUGAAAUGAACCAACCCGUUAAGGUAAUGGAUAGAACUAAUAUGAUGGGCCUUUAUUAAGCCCAAAAGUCAAAGUGAUCCGCUUGUAGAAUAUUCGUAUAAAUCUAGUAGUAAUAAUAAUAAGCCCAACUCUCCCGUUUCUUGAUUUCCGUCAUCGUCGCCGAUUUGCCACGACCACCUCAUUCCGGUGAGUUCCCUGGUCUCAAAUUUCCCCUUUUGAAUUCUCAUUCCAUAAUCUAUUUCGGCGACUAUUGUGAUAAAGGACCAUCGAUCCGAUGGCUGUUUACGCUGCCGGGAUAACACCGUCCGUUUAGAAUUCGACUUUUUUCGUGAGAAUUGGAGUUUGUUGUCGGAAGAAGAAGAUGAGUAACACACCAGCAACGGCGGCGUCAUCAUCUAGAUCGAAAGCUGCGGGAACUUCUCAGGCGCCGGAAAAGCGCAAACCCUACUUUCAGAAAGAAUUGCAGCAUAUGAUGUAUGGAUUCGGCGAUGAGCAAAACCCGCUUCCAGAGACCGUGGCGCUUGUAGAGGACAUUGUUGUGGAAUACGUCACCGAUUUGACACAUAAGGCUCAAGAGAUUGGCUCAAAGCGAGGAAGGUUACUAGUUGAUGACUUCUUGUAUCUAAUCCGCAAGGAUUUGCCCAAACUUAACCGGUGUAGGGAACUCUUGGCAAUGCAAGAAGAGCUGAAACAAGCUCGUAAAGCUUUUGAUGUCGAUGAAGAUAAGCUAGCUUCUCUUGAUUGAUCUUUCCUUUGAAACUCAAGGCUGUAAGAAACAGAUAGCCACCAAGCGGAAUUGAGAUUUAAAUAUAUUUUUAUCUUUUACCAGUGAGCAUAUAUUUUCUUACAUCAAACCGGUGAAUGUUCGAUCUCUCCCUCGGAAAAAAACGAAAUUGCAGCUAUCGAAUUUCUUAAAAUGCC